AUGGCGGCCGAUUACAUCACCUCCGCCGAGCAAACCAUGACGCUCGUCCGCCGCCUUGCAGCUCACCUCGCCGCUGAACCAAAUCUUCCCGCUGCCGAAAACCUUACUCGUGGUGAAGUCGACGCUUGGAUCAGAGCACUAAACACUGGCAUCCAUGGUCGGGUGAUUGACCUGCUCGCUCUACCUGUGCUAGAAUGUCUACUAUACAUGCGUGGCAGAAAUCUUGCCUGGAAAACCAAACAUCUGAGACGAGCUCCCUCUGAAAUGUUUCAGCCUGUUAUUGUCAACCCCUGGGUUCAAGAGGAUGUUACUUUGAAUCGCGACAACCUCCCAUGGAUCCCUGGUGACCGCCAUCAAGCCAUUGAGAUUAAUGAUGAUGCAGAAGAUCCUGUAGAUACAGAUGAGCAGGCUGUCAUCGAACAACAAGACACCGAGGAAGACUUCACAAGUCCUGAAGGGGAAGGCACUCAGCUCGAUGACACUCUACAAAAUGUUGACGAACAUGACCACUCUGCACUACAAACUAUCGACCAAGAAACCGAUGACCAAGAUCCUCCUUUGCUGCCUGUCACCACGGCCGAGGCCACUAGUCACACAAGGUCGCCAGCGAAUCACAAUGCAGACAUUGUUAUGCAAGAUGUACCUGAGCAAGACGACUCUGAAGAAUCCAGCUCAGCACACAGUAACCCCGACCACGAAAACCCACCCCACUCCACCUCCAAAACCAGCGAAGAGUCACCCAAUCUCGCCUACGACCAUCCAGAUCGAACCCUCUGGUGCACCUGCAACGGUCCAGACCCCGAGAACGGUACCUACAUGGUUCUAUGUGACAACCACGAAGACAAUGAUUGCAAAGGAAAAUGGUACCACCUUUCAUGUGUUGGAUUACAGAGAAACCCUCCAAAGGGGUUGGAUUGGUACUGCGAAGAUUGUCGCAAGAAGUUCAAUCUGGGGGUCUACAGUAAUGGCUGCGUGGAUCCGAAGAGAAAGGUCAAUCCCAAGAGAAAGCGCUGA